UGUCAAAAGUGUCAAAGUCAAAGAAAAUGACAAAUGGCUUGCGAACAGUCGCAUACAUUUUGCUCGAUCUAACCAAUUUCCUGUUGUAUAUUAUCUUGAAACCAUUUCAAAUCAUCCUAUUACUAUUGCAAGUGGCGUGCAUUCAAUUGUUUCAUGUGAUAACCAUGACCGAGUCGUCGAAAAAACGGAAACGAAGCGACAACGACCAAACGAGUCUCACAGUCGCAAACCGUGGCGGUAUCAAUGCGAAUUGGCAGAGAUUCCUCGCUAGCAACCUGAUAAUGGACAAGAAGAAUGAAACGCCCGCCCAAGAGGUGUCUAAAGAUCACUACACAGGCACCUUUCGGCGGAGCAGAAAGAAAAAAGCAAACAACAACAUAACCUCAAAUUCAGUACAAAAUAACAUGAAAACACUCAAUAUCACACCUGAUUCAAAAACAGAGCCCGAAGUUAACAAAACAGAGAAGAAAGAUAACAAUAACAAGACUAGGGUAACAAAGUUUGUGGCCAUGGACUGUGAAAUGGUAGGAAUAGGUUACAACGGGGACGAUCACAUGUUAGCUAGGGUGUCUUUAGUAAAUAAAUUCGGUGAUUGCAUCUAUGAUAAAUUUGUCAAAGCCCGCGAGGAGGUGAAAGACUACAGGACAGACGUGAGUGGUAUACGAAGAGAAGAUCUGUUGAACGGUGAGGAGUUUUCUACAGUACAGAAAGAAGUGUCAGAGCUCAUUCGAGGCAAGAUCCUGGUUGGUCAUUCUUUGAAGAAUGAUCUCAGUGUGCUGUUCCUGUCUCAUCCGAAGCGCAGUAUAAGGGAUACAUCCAAAUACAAGCCCUUUAGGAAGAUAACCAAAGGAAGCACUCCAUCAUUGAAGAGGCUUGCGAAGGAGAUCCUCAGUAUCGACAUCCAGAGCGGAGAGCACAGUUCAGUCGAGGAUGCCCGCGCUGCAAUGCAACUGUACUGCACCGUCGCCAAGAACUGGGAGGCAGGGCUGAGCGAUAAACGUGGACACAAGCGACUGUCUGAAUGACACUUGACUUUUGUUUAUUUUAGGCUGUGUUCUCAGUAGACAAACUCUGUUACUUCACGCAAAUGAAGAGUGUGCAGAAAAUUGGUGAAAAUGAUAAACUGUGAUCACUUGGUAUAAUAAACCAAUGCUUUGCCUUAUGGAGUUAUCCAUCAGCGGCUAACGGUUUGCCUACUGGGAAGACAGCCUUAGUUAUGGUUAGUAAGAGAUACUCACAUAUUAUUAUUUUCAAAAAAAAAAGUAUCCAAGUUAACUAAACUAAGUACAGGUAUGGCAACUGAUAUUGUUUGUUUAUUCUAAGUAUCAUGCAAAUUUUUGUUAUGUUCAAUUCUUGCAGUAUACAGAAGGUUAACCCUAUCCUGUACCCAUACAAUCCACUACACACAGUGAGUACUGUAAACAUGAAAGCUUCAGUUAACUGGCCUAUUCUGUGGUGCCAGUUUUCGUUAACUGGCCUGUACCUUUGUGUUGCUCGUUAAUUCAUAGUUUUGCAUUUAUUUUGAGCCUUGUAACCAUCAUAUUGUGCUGGAUGAAAUAA